CCUGGAGCUUAUUUGAAACGGAGUAAAGUACUCUCGAGUAUUAUUUUUUGAUCCCUCACCUUAACGGAGUGUAAAAGGGGCCAAAACUAUGAAAUGGAUUCACUAUUGAAAUAUUGAUAUGUAAAUGUAAUCCUCUUAAAAAAACUGAAAAAAGAAAAUAUUUCUUCUCCUCUCAAUUUCAUGGCGCUCCAGCACUCGGCUUUUGGUACACUAACAACUUCAGCUCAAAUGAAGUUGGCUUUUAGCAGUUUCAAAUGCUACGACCACUUUCGUCCUAUUACUAUCUCAAGGUUGAAGCAUCUUCCUCGAAGAAUUCAUGGUGCCCAUUGCAAUGUGGAGCCAAGGAAAAUGCUUAGCAGAAGUAUUUCAUCCAACAAAGAAAAAAUGAAGGAUCUCCAUGAGGAUGUUUUUUCUUUGUCAAUGAUUUGCACUAGUGCUCCAAUUAGAUGCACGAUGCUCUCAACUGCUCUCGUAGCAGCAAAUUUGGUCGCAUCACAUACUGCAAAUGCUUUGACUAUGGAUAACAUGAUGGAUUUAUCUAGCGCUGUCUAUACUUUAGCUGAUGGAAGCAUUGGAGAUCUUUUUGGUGGUCUUCUGUAUUCUGCAGGUCAACAAGCUAAUGAAGCUGUUCAGGGCCAGUUGACUGCUCUAAGUUUUACUAGUUUGGCCACUAUUUUUGGUGCUGGGCUUGUAACUAGUCUGUCACCUUGUACACUCAGCGUAUUGCCUCUGACCCUUGGUUAUAUUGGGGCUUUUGGUUCUGGGAAAAGCCGAGUAGCGGUGUUUGGAGAUUCAAUUGCAUUUGCACUGGGAUUGGCAACCACACUAGCAUUAUUGGGUAUUGCAGCUGCUUUUGCUGGAAAGGCAUAUGGCCAAAUAGGACAAGGACUGCCUGUGGCUGCUUCUUUUUUAGCUAUUGUUAUGGGUCUAAACCUGUUAGAGGUAAUAGAGUUACAACUUCCCUCAUUUUUCGACAACUUUGAUCCUCGCUCAGCCGCUGCUAGCUUUCCUUCAAGUGUUCAAGCUUAUUUGGCUGGUCUUACAUUUGCAUUAGCUGCAUCACCAUGCAGUACACCAGUCCUCGCAACCUUGCUCGGCUAUGUUGCUACUUCUCGGGAUCCAGUUAUUGGGGGCAGCUUGCUACUGACUUACACAACUGGCUAUGUUACUCCUUUACUUCUUGCUGCUUCUUUUGCUGGAGCAUUGCAGAGUAUACUUGCAUUUCGCAAGUUCUCAGCAUGGAUCAAUCCAAUCAGUGGUGCGCUACUACUAGGUGGGGGUGUCUAUACCUUUCUUGACAAGCUUUUUCCAGUGACAAUGGCUAUGUAGGCUAAUCAGCUAUUCACAUAGCAACAACUGGAACGGAGAUGAACUUAUCUGUUUUCUCUUUACUGUUUGAGUUGCUUAUGCUCAGACAAUCCCCAGUGAGUUACAUGGAUCAAAGCUCCAAACUAGUGAGCAAGCUAAGGUAUGGUGUUUUCACAGGAUUUUCAUUUCGGACAACAGGUUGUAGAAGGUUGAACAUGUUGAUUGAUACCAUACUGGAUACAUCUCAAAGUUGAAAUAAGAAAAACUUGAAUUAUGUAUGUUUGAGAACGUAACAUCCAUGACACCACUUGUGUAAAUAGAUAAAAAUCCGUAUGACCAAUCGAUACUUUUAGUGAAAAUUGUAAUUCAUUAACCAUCAAUGCUUUUGUCUUCUAAUAUAAAAUGGAUUCUAUGUCUUCUCA